CGUUGAUGUUGUCCCAUUUUGGGGUAGCUUGGCUGCUUUUGUGGAUUUUACACUGACUGUUUUUGACUUUCGGUAUAGAAGGGUUAUACUGGAUUCAUUUCGGAGCUGGUAUGGCUAAAGAACAACAGCCUCACUGGUCGGAUAUUUUGAAAAGGAGGUUGGCAAACUCCAAAAAAGAUGAGAGAAGCGACGAGGAAAUGAAAGCAGAAGAAACUGAACUGUUCACCAAAUAUUACACAGAGUGGAAGGGGGGAGGCGACCGAGACCAGUCCUACAAGAACAUCCCACGAUUUUACUACAGGCUCCCAGCAGAGGAUGAAGUGUUGCUUCAGAAGCUGAGAGAGGAGUCCAGAGCCGUCUUCCUCCAGAGGAAGAGCAGAGAACUGCUGGAUAAUGAGGAACUGCAGAAUCUGUGGUUUCUGCUCGAUAAGCACCAGGUCCCUCCUGUGAGUGGGGAGGAGGCCAUGAUCAGCUAUGAAGCCUACCUGCAGGUGGGGGAGAAGGCCGGGCCCAAGUGCAAGAAAUUCUUCACAGCCAGAGUUUACGCCAAGCUGCUGCACAGCGACCCUUACGGUCGGAUCUCCAUUAUGCAGUUCUUUAACUACGUCAUGAGGAAAGUGUGGCUGCAUCAGACCCGGAUAGGUCUGAGUCUGUAUGAUGUAGCAGGACAGGGCCACCUCAGAGAGUCGGAUCUGGAGAACUACAUCCUGGAGCUGAUCCCCACUCUGCCUCAGCUGGACGGGCUGGAGAAGUCCUUCUACUCUUUCUACGUCUGCACCGCUGUUCGCAAGUUCUUUUUCUUCCUCGACCCCCUCCGAACAGGAAAGAUUAAAAUCCAGGAUAUACUGGCCUGCAGCUUUCUGGACGACUUGCUGGAGCUCAGAGAUGAGGAGCUGUCUAAAGAGAGCCAGGAGUCCAACUGGUUCUCAGCCCCCUCGGCUCUCCGAGUCUACGGCCAAUACCUCAACCUGGAUAAGGACCACAACGGCAUGUUGAGCAAAGAGGAGCUUUCACGCUACGGCACCGCUACGCUCACCUCAGUCUUCUUGGACAGAGUGUUUCAGGAGUGUCUCACCUAUGAUGGAGAAAUGGACUACAAGACCUAUCUAGACUUUGUACUGGCGUUGGAAAACAGGAAGGAGCCAGCAGCGCUACAGUACAUAUUUAAGCUUCUGGACAUGGAGAAUCAAGGAUACCUCAACGUCUUCUCCCUCAACUAUUUCUUUAGGGCCAUACAGGAGCAGAUGAAACUCCACGGACAGGAGCCAGUCUCCUUCCAGGAUGUCAAGGAUGAGAUCUUUGACAUGGUGAAGCCUAAAGAUCCCUAUAAGAUCACUCUCCAGGACUUGGUAAACAGUUGCCAAGGUGAUACCGUCACCAGCAUCCUUAUUGACCUCAACGGCUUCUGGACCUAUGAGAACAGAGAAGUGCUGGUUGCCAACGACAACGACAGCAGCAACACAGCUGACCUCGACGACACCUGAAGAUGGAGACACCGCUGUCGCCAGUUUCAGUCCCAGCCUGGAAGCCCAGUGUCAGCACUGAACUGAAGGGAGCUGGAUGGAAGCAGGAAAUCCACGGUGCUUUGUGUGAAUAUUGUUUUGUGCUCCUGCUUGUUGUUUCUUGUAAAUACACACAUUUUUGUCAUUGACCUUGAGUACUUCCGUUUACUGCCUUCAUUGUUUAAUGGAAAGUCGUUUUAUUUAUACCCACUGAAAUCAAACAGGUGUGAGAAAAUCAAAAAGUUCAAAUAGAAACACACUGUAUAAUAAACGACUGACUGAGUGGCUUUAAUUGAUACUUGUAUAUCAACAGUGAAUCAGAUAGUCUUGUGUUUCCCUCAGGAGUUGGUGGAGACCAAAAACAGAGCUAAAAAAAAAAGUAAAUAUUGGCGUUUUCCAAGUGGGCAAAAACUCCAAAUUAACAAUAAUGUUGCUUUGUAACUGCUGGAUGUGUUAAUUUCAUCUUCUUCCAAGAUGUGUGGAGAAUGGAAAAAGUCUGAAGAGGUCACUGUGUAUUUAACUUCUUCAAAUCUGUUAUUGCAGGUUUGACUUUAGGAAAUCUGACAGUUGUCCCUAGCAGAGGCGGGUACUAGUUAAGAAACUGCUAACUGUAUUCGGCAGGCUUUUGGUCUCCUCAAUUAUGACAUUAAUUUUAUUUGGGUCUCAUAAAAGAUUCUGGAUUGCAAAAGUAUGAAAUUUAAUUCUUGACUUUGGGAUCAGUGUGUAUGUAAAGACGACCAGCUCCUGCUAGAUCUAAUGGAUCUUUCAAAUUGUGUCAUUCGUAAGUGAAAGUCUUUUUUUGUUGCAUAAUUUUAACUUUUGUCCCAAAAUCGUAUUUUCCUAUUAGUGAUAAAGAGAUAAUGUUCAAACAUC